AUGGUUCGCACGUUCUGCUCCCUUCGAAUCGGAUUGAUGGUUGGUAUCGGGAGCGGACUCCCGUCGGCUACUCAUGAUAUCCGCCUUGGUGAUAUUGUCAUUGGCUCCCCCGAAGGUCCAUACGGUGGGGUGAUUCAAUACGAUAUGGGCAAGGUCACUACAGAUGGCCUAUUUGAACGAACCGAGUUGCUGAACAGUCCCCCAAAGGCGCUACUCGAUGCAGUCAACCAGCUGACAGCUAAUACGCUGUCGGGUCACUCUCUCUAUCAAGCCUAUCUCCAACGUGCGAUUGGAAGAAAUGCACGAACACGAGAAAAUUUUGUCCCACACGAUGCACAGUCGGAUCGACUGUUCCAGACCAAGCACAAUCAUCCUAUGGAGGCGAGGACCUGUGACGACUGUCCGGCGGAAUGGGAAGAGUUCAGAAGUGAACGCUACGAUAGUGACCCGCAGUUCCAUUAUGGUAUCAUCGCCUCGGGAAAUAUGAUCAUCAAAAAUGGCAAGGCAAGAGAUCAACUCGCAGAGACGACCGGAGCAUUAUGCUAUGAGACUGCGACCGCCGGUUUGAUGGAGGACUUUCCCUGUCUAGUCAUCCGCGGUAUUUGCGAUUAUGCUGAUUCUCAUGGAUAUAAAUCUUGGGCAGGGUACGCAGCUUUAGCGGCUGCAUCCUAUACAAAAGAGCUGCUGGGAUGUGUUCCUAUCAGCCGUGUUUCACAAGAGGGUUUGGCGGUGGACAUGUGUGCUGGAUUGAAAAAAGGGAUUACAGGCAGCAACUGGCCUUUAGAUGACAUGCUGCUAGACCGGGGAGCCGAUGUCAAUACCCACGAUAGGCUCUACGGAAGUGCGCUACAUGCUGCUUGUAUUAGAGGACACUCCAAUGUUGUGCAAGUUCUGGUAGACCGAGGAGCCGAUAUCGAAGGUGAACACUUCGAAAGUGCGCUACAGGCUGCUUGUGCCGGAGGACACUCCAAUAUUGUGCAAAUUCUGCUAGACCGAGGAGCCGAUAUCGAAGGUGAACACUUCAAAAGUGCGCUACAGGCUGCUAUUACCGGAGGACACUUCAAUAUUGUGCAGAUUCUGGUAGACCGGGGAGCCGAUAACAACAUCCAAGGCGGAUUCUAUGGAAGUGCGCUACAUGCUGCUUGUAUUAGAGGACACUCCGAUAUUGUGCAGCUUCUGGUAGACCGGGGAGCCGAUAUCAACAUCCAAGGCGGAUUCUACGGAAGUGCGCUACAGGCUGCUUGUGCCGGAGGAUACUCCAAUAUUGUGCGGUUUCUGCCAGACCAGGGAGCCGAUAUCAACAUCCAAGGCGGAUUCUACGGAAGUUCGCUACAGGCUGCUUGUGCCGGAGGACACUCCAAUAUUGUGCAAAUUCUGCUAGACCGAGGAGCCGAUAUCGAAGGUGAACACUUCGAAAGUGCGCUACAGGCUGCUUCUACUAUUGGACACAGGAAGCUUGCACAGCUGCUGCAAGAGUGGAAAAACGAUGUCACCGCGCAGGGUGAAAAUCAUGGCAGCGUUGGGUGUACUCUCCAAACGUCUAUUUUUGACAGCGCCAACCGUAGUGGAGCAACCCACCCUUCAACAAUGCCUACUUCUCAACCAAAGGCCAAGCUCGAUACACAAGUGGUUAGCUCUCUCGCUUCAUCGGAACAGAAGGUGGGGCUGGGAAUUGAUCAGGAUGAUACUAUACCGAGCAAUAUCAAACCCAAGAGUGACAUUGAGGAGGAUUCUGUCCUGAUUACUGUGAUGCAGAAACCACAUACUCUAUUGGCUUUGCCCUGGAUCACCGACCACUGCUUUAUGUUCGGGCUUUUGCCGAUCAGCUCGCCUGUGACAUGA